AAAUUUCCGCCGAUAUAGUUCAUACUUACCCACAUUUUUGCAUCAUAGACCAAGACACUUUGUUAAACAUUGCUUGCAAAAGAUGUCUCUAGCUUCGCAUAUUGAUCUGUGUGGAGUUUUUGUAGAAGAGACAGGAAAAUUUGCAUGUUCAUCUUUUGCAAACUCUGCUGAGUUCCAUCAUAUUAGCUUUGGCGAUUCAGUCACUAUGCCGAAUUGCACUUGCCAAGAUUGGAAAAGAACUGGGUAUCUUUGCAAGCAUUUCUUUGCAGUUUUUAAUAAAUUUCCCUCAUGGUCUUGGUACAAUUUAUCCCAAUUAUACAUUUACUCACCAUUUUUGAACUUGGAUAAAGAAAUUUCUUUUGAAAGAAAACCUUUAUUACCACAAAAUGAACUGUUACUUACAAACAACAAAGUAGAAGACAGAGAAGCAGAUUGUAGCAUAAAAACAUUCGAUUUACUUCCCAAACAAAAUAAGUGGCUAAACACUAAGGCAUCCUUGUUUCGAGAACUAGCAAAACAGUUAAUUAAUGAAUCAUACCUUGUUGAAAAUGAAGAGAAAUUAGAUUAUGGAAUAGAUGUUCUAAAAAAAGUUAAAAAAUCAUUUGAUGAAUGCAUUCCAAAUGAACAAGGUAUUCAUUUACAGCCUGUUAAAAAUAAUAAAUGUCAGUUGCAAGUAUUAAGCAUUCCCUUAAGAAAAAAAGUUGCAUUAUAUUCAGGGCGGCAUGGAAUUGGUGCAGAAAAGUUAAGAGCCUCAAGCAGUUUAAAAAUUGAAGUAAAUAAAAAUCAUGGAGUCCUAGUUAAAUCUGAAGAAAUAGAUGCAAAUGAAAAUAUAAUUCUUCAACCAGAUAAUACAGAAGAAAGUAUUGAAUGGAUUAUGUUAGACAACAACCUGCCUGUGAUACCACAAACUGAAAUUGAUACUAUUGAAAACAAUGAUAUGCUGACAGAUAUAAGUAUCAAUGCUGCCCAAAAAAUUCUUUUGAAUCAGUUUCAUAUGCAAUCUGGGUUUCAAGAUACAAUUUUAGGUGAAAAAUAUAUGUUUCGUGAGGAAAAGAAUGAUUUUGUUCAAGUAUUAUAUACUGGGCAAUAUCAUUGGAUUACCAUUUCUAAUGUGAAUUGUCCAGCAGACACAAUUUUCUACUAUGACAGUCUUUUCCAUGGCCAAGUAAAGGAUCAUGUUAAGCAGCAAAUAUGCAAUAUAUACAAAACAAAAGGGAAAAUAUUAACUAUCCAUGUACGCAAAUGUCAACAACAAACUAAUGGUAUGGAUUGUGGAAUUUUUGCAAUUGCUAAUGCAUUAAACAUACUUCACAAAUUUGAUAUUGGAGCUUUAUCUCUAGACAAAGACAAAGUUAGAAAACAUUUUAGUGAAUGCAUUAAAAAAAGACAUUUUUCUGCCUUUCCAGUUUGCCAAUCAAAAUCACGUUUCAAUGAAGAAAAAAUAAUCACUUUAGAAAUUUCUUGCUCAUGCCGUUCAAAUUGGGUAUGGUAUUGUUUAGCUUGUAAAAAAAAAGAAUUAUUUUCACCAACAUAAAUGAUAAAUUAGUUAUAAAUCAAACAUUAGUCAAAAUGCUAAGCAGUUUUCAUUUUAUAUUAUCUCAAAAAAAAAAUUUUAAUGGAGAAACAGCCCUUAUCAAAAAUGUGAAAUUUGAUAAAUCUGUACUAAUUUAGUCAGCUUUAUCUGGUGAAUGCAUAACAGCUUACAAUUAUUAAUUAUUAGAGGAACUAUAAAAAUAAAUGUAAGGAAAAACCAAGUAUAUAAAAUAAUGUCAAGCUCAUUGGUAAGUUACUAUAUGUAUGUUUGUGUUCUGCUUAAACUUCUGGCGCUGUUGGCUCACCCAAAAAUUACUUUUAAACCUCAGGUGCAAUAUUGACUCACUUAUAUGGCAGAUUAUAAGCAUACUAAUUGUAUGUUUAUAAUCUGUUUAAACCUCAAGCACAAUAUUCACUCACAUUUAAAUUACGGUAUGUAUGUUCGUGUUCUGUUUAAACCUCUGGCACAAUAUUGACUAACACGUAAAUUACUAUAUUUAUGUUUGUGUUUAGUUUAAACCUCAAGCGCAAUUUCGACUCACAUGUAAGUUACUGUAUGUAUGUAUGUUUGUGUUCUGUUUAAACCUCUGGCGCGGUGUUGACUUAUCUGUAAGUUGCUAUAUGUUU